ACCAGAAGAAGAACAGCAGGCACAACCUGAGAACUGAAAACGCAGGACUGAUCGCAGAGAAUGUCAGGCACAAGCACAAUGCAUCCUUCAAGCCCGUCCACAGAUUUUAGGUUAUGUUUUUUAUUCUGAUCAGGCGCCCUCCGGAACGGUCAGUGGUUAUAAUUGGGCUUGUAUCACUGUAACAGCAAACGCAGCCACGAGUGUUCUGAAAUACCGGGCAGUCAGAAGAGAACACUUUUCCUCCUGUGCAAAAAGCCUGGCUGCAAUGCUGCUGUGGGAGCUCUACUGGAGCUCCUGCAGCCGCUACCUGGCUAUAAGCUGUUUAAGGCUGCGAGGUGCUGGUAAUGCCCUUUUCAGACAAACUUAAUAAAAAGCGACAGGCAGCUAUCUGGAUUCAUCUAAGAAAGAGAACUCCUCAUAAAGCUCCUCCUUUGAGAACAGAGAAAAACUUGAAAAAUUCCUGUUGCUUUUAAGUAAACCGCAAGGGAGAUACUGGAAGAAGUUAGAUGGGGGCACGUCGGAGGUUUACUGUGACACUGUUAAUCGGAUGUGUUUGCCAGUUCAGUGUCGCAGAGAGUUGAGUGGUGUUUCAAGCCCACCUGCGCUUUCGGGGGCUCAGAGCACUGCUCCUACGGCAGCAGCCACAGCAGAGGUACCACAACAGUGCAUGAGGCAGACGAAGAGCGUGUGUGGUCAGACACUUGCAGAGGGAAACGCUGACGACUUCACUCAGCAGUUAAUGUUUUUUUUUCCUGCUGAGUCCUAAACUCUGAUACCCAUGGAUGCUACAGAGUUCCGCAAGAGGGGGAAGGAGAUGGUGGACUACGUUGCAGAUUACCUGGAGAAGAUAGAAAAAAGACAGGUCUUCCCAGAUGUGGAACCAGGAUACCUGAGGACCCUCAUUCCAGACUGUGCACCACAGGAUCCUGAGAGCUUUGAGGAUGUCUUUAAAGACAUUGAGAAGAUCAUUAUGCCAGGGGUGACUCACUGGCACAGUCCCUACUUUUUUGCCUACUUCCCGUCAGCCAGUUCCUUCCCAGCUCUCCUUGCAGACAUGUUAUGUGGUGGAAUAGGAUGUGUGGGCUUCUCUUGGGCUGCAAGUCCAGCUUGCACGGAGCUGGAGACUGUCAUGCUAGAUUGGCUAGGGAAGAUGAUUAGCCUGCCUGAGGAGUUCUUAGCUGGAAGGGAUGGGCAAGGCGGAGGAGUCAUUCAGGGAAGUGCAAGUGAGGCCACCCUUGUUGCACUGCUGGCUGCAAGAACAAAAACCAUCAGACGGGUGCGGUCAGAGAAGCCUGAGCUAACUGAGGCAGAUAUCAUGGGCAGGCUGGUGGCCUAUGCUUCUGAUCAGGCUCAUUCAUCCGUGGAAAGGGCUGCACUGAUCAGCGGUGUGAAGAUGAAAAGUGUUCCUUCAGAUGAUACAUUUGCAGUUCAUGGUUCAGCCCUAAAGAAAAUUUUGGAUGAAGACAAAGCUUCUGGUCUUAUCCCAUUCUUUUUUUGUGCAACGCUUGGAACCACACCUUGCUGCUCCUUUGACAAACUGCUAGAACUGGGUCCUAUUUGUAAUAAGGAAAAUAUCUGGAUGCAUAUUGAUGCAGCCUAUGCUGGGAGUGCAUUCAUCUGUCCUGAAUUCAGGCAUUUUUUAAAUGGAGUGGAGUUUGCAGAUUCAUUUAACUUUAAUCCCCACAAAUGGCUCCUAGUGAAUUUUGACUGCUCUGCUAUGUGGGUGAAAAAAAGAUCAGAUUUAAUUGGUGCUUUUAAAUUAGAGCCUCUCUACCUGCAGCAUCACCACCAGGAGUCUGGCCUCAUAACAGAUUACCGGCACUGGCAGAUCCCCCUGGGGAGGAGGUUCCGCUCCCUGAAGCUCUGGUUUGUGCUGAGGAUGUAUGGGGUCACGGGUCUGCAGGAACACAUCCGCAAGCAUGUCAGGCUGUCGCACCAGUUUGAACAUUUAGUCCUUCAGGAUGAAAGAUUUGAGAUCUGCGCUGAGGUUGUCUUGGGACUAGUCUGCUUUCGACUGAAGGGCUCAAAUGAACUAAAUAAGGCACUUCUUAAAAGCAUAAAUGAGGCCAAGAAGAUUCAUCUGGUCCCAUGCCACCUGCGAGAAAAGUUUGUGCUACGCUUUGCUAUUUGUUCCCGCACGGUGGAAUCCACCCACGUCAAGUUUGCCUGGCAGCACAUCUCACAGCUGGCGACCGAGCUCCUGAAAACAUGGGAACAAAACCACCAGCAGCAGUAACAGUGGCGAGGUAGCAGCAGGGAGGAGGUAAUUAGCUGGCUUUCUCUGUGUUGCCAAGUUUAAUUUUAGGGGCAGGUGGGAAAGUCGAAUUAUGAGGGGGAAAAAAUCAAAAGCUGUUGCUACAUAGCCCAGCUGCAGUAGCAAAAUCCUUGCCAGCAAGUUGCGUUCUAACCUCAGUGAUUCAUUCUCUGCGCUGCAUUUCCAUCUUGCCUAUUUCCAGAAGGGACAUAUCCGUGGCACCUCGAGCUGUCAUUUCUUUCCUGCUAGUUAUCAAGAGCAUUCACUGAUCCCAGCAAUGGAAACAGAGGGUUAGUAUUCCCUCUGUUGCUGACAUUAAGCCCCCAGCCCAAAAACUCUACUCCAGAGAUAAAAACAUGAGGUGUUAUCACCAAAUAAUUUAACAUCAUAAUGACUUCAGAAAAAAGCAGGUUGUAGGAAGCUUAGUCACCUGGUUAUAACACUGUUUGGGUCCUAUCUAAGCAGGCAAGCACAAAUGUAAUGAGCUGGGUCACUGACAUGCCAUGACACACUUGCUGCUGUAUUCUUGCAAAUGAACUUAGAACUUCAAGACUCCUUUCAUUAUACAGCCAAAUUGGGGGAGUGAAUGCUCACUGCCCUUAUGGCAGGUUCUCUCUCCUUAAAAGUUUCCUUGUAAGACAGUGAUUUUGUCAAAUCUCAACAAAUAGUUUAUGCUGCUUAUUGGUGUUCACUUCAAUCAUCCAUAUUGAUGCUCCGUCUUCAGAGUUCUGCCAAAAUCCAUGUGCUACCUGUUGUUCUAUAUUUUCAACUCAGUUAUUAUAAGCAGUAACUACUCGGAAGUAAUCUGUAAGCUAUGCUGUGUGAAAUAGAGUUGUGACAUCUUUUUAUGGCUACCACUCCGCUUGUUUCGUUGUUUAAUAAAGAAAUAUUUGUCAAAAUGAAA